CUGCUUGCGGCCGACUGGACAGACAGUGCAGUAAAAAUGGCUGACUUGACGAGAUUGACUUAUGUAUUUCUGUUUAUGAUUUGCCUAGGAUUAUCUAUCAGAGAUAUUGGAUUGUUUGCUGAUUCUUCCAGUGAAAAAGAGAUACCAACUAUAUCAAAAGUUGGCUUUAAAAAUGUUGGUCCGACGCUGAAAUUCCUUUAUUGCUAUUCGUGUGGCUACCGGAAAGUAUUUGAUGACUACGUUACCAUCAUUCAACAAAAAUACCCACAAAUUUCUGUCCAUGGUUCCAACUAUGACCCACCUGGAGUGUCCUUGCAGUUUGCAAGGUUUUUGAGUAUUGCCAAAAUGGUUAUAAUCUUCGCAAUUAUGACUGGUUCCAAUCCAUUCCAAUUUCUUGGACAUGGCAAUGCGGCGCCACCAAACUGGUGGGUCUGGUGUGUGGAAAAUAAGUUGUACUCGUGCCUUAUGUGCUUCUUCCUCACCAACGCUAUUGAGGGACAAAUGAUGUCUACAGGUGCUUUUGAAAUAACCCUUGAUGAUAUGCCAGUUUGGUCCAAAAUAGAGACAGGUCGUAUUCCUCAACCACCAGAACUUUUCCAGAUCAUUGAUAACCAUCUAGGACUUCAGUUCGAAAGUAAAUUGGAUCUUAAUACAGGAUUUACAAAAUGAGGUCACUAUAAAGUGAUGGGGAUAAUGUGGAGAGCUUACAAAAAUUACAAAUUUCAUUUCAGUAUGUUUUUUAUUUUCUAUUUCAUCUUAUUUCUAUGAGAUAUUUGUGGGGGUUCAAGAGCUGAUUUGCAUUCCAUACCGAUUUCAACCCAUUCUUUCAUCUUACAUUUGUUUUGUGUGUACAAGACCCCCAUUCAGGAGAUGGACUGCAUUACAUUAGUUGCUGAUUUGUUCAUGGCUCAGAAAAUUGCCAUAACCACCUAUGUUUGAUAUCCUAUAACCCAUAUUGGGACAGUUAGAGUUGAAUGCUCUUUAAUUGUCGUAGUUUUCUACCUGUUAGAUGAUUUCUCUGAAUGUGCCUCCUGUUUUGCUCCCUGCUGGUUUUAUGACACUGUUCCAUUUGCAUUUCAUCAGAAAGAGUUUUGUAAUUGAAUCACACUUGAAGUGACUCCUUUUUGGUAUGCACCAAUUUCAAAUUUUGCCUGACACAGCCAUGCCAUGAGAACUUCAAGAUUCCCAUCAUAGUAAUAAUAAAAAGGUUUUGAGACUUAUAUUCUCACUGUUAUGUGCAAGCACUACACCUUUGUUUUGUGUGUGUGUGUGUGCUUUGGUCCAUUUGAAAAUGCAUCACAUUCCAUCUAGCUGAUAAGUAUCUUUCUAAUGUGGUUUAAAUGUUGCAUAGCUGGUUGGAAUCUGCAUUCUCCUUUAUUUAUGCCUGCUUGUGGAUAUAUUCAAUUUUUUAGGAAUGUUAUGAACUUUUUAAAUGAACGGUUCUUUUCCUUGGUAAUUGAUGCUAGAGCCACCACAAAUCUUGUAUUUUUUUCUUCCUGUUUUCCUGUGAGAUUUGUGAAUGUGAAACUAGUCAGUUUCUGUUUAUUUUCUGUUUUUGUAGUGGAGGUGCUGUGAUAUAUUUUGUCACACCGUAUGAAGGUGGACUUCAUUUUUCAAAAUUAUUUGGAACCAAUAAAAAUUGCUGUGCUUGCAAUUUUGAAGAACUUCCAUUCAGAAUUGAUGAAGUACUGUUUAACAAAGAUAAUAAAGGUUCCUUUUUCUUACUACUUCAAAUUUAAUGGAAACUUGAAGUUUUCUACUAUUUCAGCUGUGUUUUCAUAUCAUAUUCAUGUCAUUUGAAGGGAAUGUAAAUGUUUUGUUCACAUAAUUCGUUUUUAAAAAUCAUUGCUGAACACUUUUUUUCCUUGUCUAUGUGUGCCUAUGUGUUGGCUUCUGUGUGUGGCAGAAUAUGUUGAAGCAGGUGCUACUUACUCUGUGUAUUCAUCUCAAUGAUGCCCUCCCAAUUGUUUUAACCAGGUUGGAAGAUCAUUGUCUCAGACAUCGAGUUAUUUAGAAAACAGUAAUUUCAGCAAUUUUUAUCAGUUCAGCACCGUAUUAAUAAUUUGUUACUUGAUAGAAUUUCUCUUAGUAAAGUGUCUCAAUGAUUGGGGUUUCACUUGAAACUGAAUGGAGUUAGCCUCAAAAUAUUAGAGAUCUGAAGACUGAAACAUGCUGCUUCUAUGUAUUUAUGUUACUGCUCAUUAAGAGAAAUUUCUCAUUGGUAUCUCUACAAAUGUUGUGCAGAAACCUGUGUAUUUUGAUUUUGUAUCCGUUAUUAUAAAUUGUUAGCUCGUAUCCGUAUGUUUUAGGUGCUCUGAGUAUACCUGACUUGUAACUAUUGUGAAGUGUCCCAAAUUACAUAUAUUAGCUUCAUAAUAAUUAAAAUAAAUCUUUAAAAUGCA